CAAUAGGGGGCGCGGUUGAGUGCAAAGCGUCGUCAGACGGGAAGUAAACACACUGGUGCCAUUGAAGAUGGACUAAGAUGUGGCGAUCUGUCUGUGAUCGCUCUGGUUUCGACGCUUUUCACUUCCCGAACCGGGGGUUUCCCCAUGCUCGUGGUUUUACGUCUGAGGAAGUUAAGGGGAAAGAACCCAAGUCUCCAGACUUUCGUGGUAUUUUCUGAGGGUGAAAUGACGGUUCUUCUUCCCGGAUGCCAGAUGCGAAAUCGCGUCUCCCGAAUGCCGACGAACGCAGAUACCAGGCAGCUAGAGGACAACAUCAGGUUGUAGAGUUCCAUGUGAGCAGCCAUGUUCCGCCCCGAGGCUCUACGCCCGGACCCAUGGUUCUUCUCCCAGUUCCCUGCACAGCGGUGGCUGCUGGGCUUCGGGGCUAUCCUUGCCUGGAUGCUUCUCUUCCACUUGCUAGUGAACGUGUGGCUCUUGUGUGUGUUCACCAGCAUGCUGCUGGUGCUGGGUGGCUGGCUGGGCUCGCAGGCGGCGCUGGACUCGGGCAGUUUCAUUCACCUGGAGCGAUUCAUGGCUCUGGAAAGGCUCCAGAGCUCCCCAGAGGGUGAGCAGCAGCUGGACCGCGAGAUCCGGAGCAUGGUGCACAAGAUCGUCCGGGACUUUGUGUCCUCCUGGUACAGGACGGUGUCCUCGGAGCCCCUGUUUGAGGAGGAGGUGGAGCGGGCCAUGCUUGCUAUUGCGACAGAGCUAAAACAACGGGCCAGGAUGGUGGACCGCAGGGCCCUGACGACGAGACUACUAGAGCUGUGUGGAGUGCAUUUGCGCAGCUACCUGGCUGCCAGGGAAAUGGCAGCAAAAGAAGAAGGAGCCAGUGGUCUGUGGGAGCUGUACUGCCGCAGCUGCAUUCCUCACCCGGCGCUGCGGAGUGACGCUGAGCAGGUGAACUACAGCCGCGCCGUGGUGGACCUGCUUCUGCAUGUGCUGGUCCCGCCUCCUCACCUGGAGACCCGGACAGGCCGCUUUGUUGUCGGGGAGCUUGUUGCAUGCAAUGUUCUUUUGCCCCUUCUGGCCAAACUGUCUGAUCCAGACUGGCUGAACCAGCUGGUUGUCAGCGUCUUCGCUGAGGCGGGCCAAUGGGCCUCAAAGGGGGCGGUGUCGGCCGCAGAUCCGCCCGACGCCGGUCCCACAGCGCCACAGCCGGGGGUGUGGAAGCUGCAGGACAUUGAGGUGCCCUCCAGUUUGACCCUGAGGGUCCCUCCAGAACCACCCAUUGUGACAGAGCCCCCUACACCAGAAAUGCUGGCUUAUGAUGUCAUCGAUGCCACCGAGCUCUUCUCUCAGAACCCAGAGGAGGAGGAAAGUGGGCCGGAAGUAGGAACCAGGCUGUUUGGGGUGGGGAGAGCAGAGGUCAGUCCAAUGGAUUACCUGCGGCCUGGGAAAUUCAACCCAUUCUAUCGAGAACCGGACUCUGACCUGGAUUCUCCCCUGUCUGACUUCAGACAAAACUCAGUGGAGUCGUUGGUCCUGAUUGGUGAGGACACACUGUCAGACCGUUUUGCGGAAUAUUCCACUCCAUUAGAUAGCUGUGGUGCUGUGGACCCACUGGAUGAAUUGCAGAGCAGCGUGGGUCUGGGAGAGAGCUCCUGUCCGAGGGUGCUUGUAUCAGAGGGAUCAGACCGACCUGGUACACCCGCAGGCUUGGCAGAUGUGAGGCUGGUCCCUGAACCGGAGCAGGCCGACGAAGGAGACACAGUACCCCCUGGUGGGGUGCAGGCCUCCCGAUGUAACCCCAACGAGCUGUCAGUGGCACUGCCCCCCCCGCAGGCCUGCUCGCCCCUGUCGCCGUUCAGCUUCGAGCCUCCAAGCAGCCCCGAAGGCCCCAUCAUCAUCCAAAACUUGCGCAUUUCUGGGACCAUCACAGCCAAGGAGCACAGAGGCACCGGCUCGCACCCCUACACCCUGUACACCAUCAAGUACGAGACUGCAGUGGAUGCUGAGAAUGUGGACCCCGCCCCGCCCGUGGCCUACCACACUGUGAACCGGCGCUACAGCGAGUUCCUCAACUUGCAGAGCCGCCUGGAGGAGAAACCAGAGCUGCGCAAGAUCCUGAAGAAUGUGAAAGGACCCAAGAAAAUCUUCCCAGACCUCCCCUUUGGAAACAUGGACACAGACAGAGUGGAGGCCCGGAAAGGCCUCCUGGAGACCUUCUUGAAGCAACUUUGUGCUAUCCCUGAAACGGCCAACAGUGAAGAGAUGCAGGAAUUUUUGGCCCUCAACACAGAUGCAAGGAUCGCCUUCGUGAAGAAGUCUUUUAUCGUUUCACGGAUAGACAAGAUUGUGGUAAACGCCAUCGUGGAUACCCUGAAGACUGCCUUCCCUCGGUCUGAACCGCAAAGUCCCACCGAGGAUGGAGAUGCUGAGCCUGACGGGAAAACACAGCUGGACAAGAAAAACAAAUCUCGCCUGAAGUUCUCCAGUAAGGCGACGCCUGUACUCAAUGUGGCCAGCGUUCAGCCCCGGGUGCUUUACUGCUUUGAGGAGGGAGGCACCGUAUUCGGCGGCCUCUCUCUGGACGGUCUGGAGGUCUUUGUUGCAGAGCAGGAGCGGAUGGUAGGCCGUGUGUCAGCGCCGGAGGCUGUGGGGGAGCGGGCCGUCAGGCUUGGGGGCCUAGUGGGGCAGCUACAGGUUUCAGCCAGUAAGGCCACAGCAGCCGAGACUGGCCUGGCAGACGUGGCCCAAGAUGUUCUCGGGCUGCUCAUGAAGGACCAGUGGGGGUGGCUUUGCACUGAGAACAUGCAGAAGACCAUUAGGCUGCUCUUUGGGACGCUCAUUGACAGGUGGUUGGAGGUGCGUGUGGCCAACCUGACGUGCACGCAGUACUGGGUGGUUUACCUGCAGCUUCUGCAGGAGGCCAUCUGGCCCGGGGGCCUGCUGCCGGCCUGGCCCUGUCCCCAGCGGACCCCUCAGCAGAAGGAGGACACCUGGAAGCUGACCCUGCUCUGCCUCAUGAAGCUUCUCCCAGAUCGGAUCUCCAACUUGCUGGGACCAGAGAAAUAUAAGCUGAGCUGGCAGGUGGUUCUGGAUUCCCUGCAGGAAGCCCAGAUCAACAGGCACCUUGUCUGUUCCAUUUGGGACCUGCUUCUGGAGUUUCUCAUUCCGGAAUCUUCUAGCGAAGACUUUCAGAAGAUUCUGCUGGGAAGCCUGUCUGGAUAGCCAGAGUGUCAUCAGAGUGAAGGGGUAGCGGAGUGCCCUCCCAAUGCAGUUACCCACACAAACAUCCAGCCACUGCACUCCAGACAAGCAAGGCCAGUGCCUCAGCUAUCAGCCUUGGCUUUUGGAGUUGUUGCACGAAGAUCCAUGUCAGAUUUUAGCUUGUGUAUUUCUUGACCUUAUGCACCAUGGACACACUCGUCCGCAGAGGAUUUAAUCACCGGCCACCUGCUUCAUGUUUGAACAGGACGUCUAUUUGAUUCUAGAAAACUUUUAGCACUGCUCUGGGUUUGAGGGCAUGAACUGGAAGGACCCCCCACUCUUCAGAGUCUACUCUUUCUCUCGUUAUGGGUAUCCACAAACCACUGCCAUUACAAAGUCUCCAGUCCCCAGAUUUAAUCCAGAAUCCAAACCAGUAUCAAAAGAUGCCAACAUACGCCCAUCAUUCAAGAAACAAAUUUGCUGGAAAGUUAACUGUGAACACAGUUUAGUGGAGGGGGAAAUGACCUGCCAUUCCUGGCAGAUGUUUGCUGGCUGUCUUUAUGUUGUGGAUCUUUGUCCUAGAUGUUCCCCUCACGUUAUCCUAGCUAAGCGAGAGUUUUCCCUGCUGUCUGGGAGCUGCCACAGGUAUGGUUCACUGCAGUGACCUGUGUGUGUGUUGCAGCAGUGACCUGUGUGUGUGUUGCAGCAGUGACCUGUGUGCGCCUCAUCGCAGGGACUUGUUUGCAUUUUGCUGCAGUGACCUGUGUUUGUGUCGCCCCAAUGACUUGUGUGUGUUGCAGCAGUGACCUGUGUGUGUGUUUCUCACCGCAGGCACUUGUUUGCGUUUUUCUGCAGUGACCUGUGUGUGUGUUUCUCACCGCAGGCACUUGUUUGCGUUUUUCUGCAGUGACCUGUGUGUACUGCAACAGGGACCUGUAUGUGUGUCUCACUGCAGUCACUUGUUUGUGUUUCACUGCAGUAACCAGAGACCUGUGUGCGUGUCUCCUCAGUAACCUGUGUGCGUGUCAUGCCGCAGUGACCUGUGUGCGUGUCUCCUCAGUAACCUGUGUGCGUGUCAUGCCGCAGUGACCUGUGUGCGUGUCUCCUCAGUAACCUGUGUGCGUGUCAUGCCGCAGUGACCUGUGUCCGUCUCGUCACAGCCUGAGAGCUGUGUGGAGUAAGCGACAUCAUCAAUGCGGCAUUCAAUUCUAGCACCCCGCAGAUGUGCUUUCCCGAUCAGCUGUGUGCUUGGGGGGGGGGGGGACAAGGUUGUCUUGUGGAUUCAUAGCUCUUAUGCAGGAUUAAUAAGGGUGACAUUUUUCACAGUGAUGUCCAUCCGCUGGUACACGUUGCUAUUUUGUCCAUUGCUCUAAGUUUGAGCAAGUCACACUCAUUCGUGGUACCUGUGUCGCUGUGAUAAGCUGUAAUGCUUAAGCAGAAUUGGGAACACAGAGGUCGAUGUCUACAGUGUAAGGUUCUGGUUUCACAGAGGACCUGCAGGAGACCUAAUGUCUUAAUACAGAUGUCUUUAUAAAUGCUGCUUUUUAGUGAGCCGGCUGUCAGUGGAGAUAAAACAUUAUUAUAAGACAUGUUUAUUUUUUAUGCGCUACCGUGUUUUGAAGUAUAUGUAUUUAUGUGUGUGUGUAUGUGUGUAUAUAUUCUUUUGUGAUCUGUAUUUAUGCAUUAAUUUAUUUAAUGGUUAACCUCAGGACAUGGCGGUCAGAGCGGCGUGGUGUCCAUCUUUUCAAGAGCCUGUCUCCGCCAUAUGCCGUGAACGCUGUCAAUCGUUUAUCUUGCUUCUAAAUUUUCCCAAGCGAGCAGCUGUUUCCGUGGCUAUGUGAGUAUUGCCGUUGAGCUGACCCAGCCUCUUCAGCUUGAUGUUUUUGUCACCAUAGUUACACAGUGGAGUAAAAUAAAUGUAUAAGGCUGAAUUUCUUAGUAAAAUGAAUGGCUGAGUGCCGUGACCAGGACAGGCAUAAAUGUAUCUGUGUUAUAAAGGUAUGGAUUAUGUGUAUGGCUGGGAGUGAGCAUUCUGGGAAAUGCUGACAUAACCUGUGCUACAGCAGAUUUUGGAAGCCUUUUGAUGUGCAAGUUGUGUAAAAACUGUGAUCUGUGAAGAUGGAAUCUGUAAUUUUGUUGUAAUCUUGGGACCGAAAGGAUUCUGCCUUUGACCCGUGGAUCAUAUCUGAAAAACAAUAAAAGACAGUGAAAGUC